AUGUGGAGCAGAGAGAGCGCUUCUCCACUUCUCAUCUGCCUGCUGGCGCUCACAGCUCUCUGGAAAACCAGGCCAGUGAAUGCCGAUGCCACAUCUGAUGCCUUUAAAACCAAUAUCACCCUGUUCACACGGAUCCUGGACAGCCUGCUGGAUGGAUAUGACAACCGUCUACGACCUGGUCUUGGGGACAGGAUAACUGAGGUGAAGACAAACAUCUACGUCACCAGCUUUGGACCAGUUUCAGACACAGACAUGGAGUAUACCAUAGAUGUUUUCUUCCGGCAAAGCUGGAAGGAUGAGAGGUUGAAAUUUCAUGGACCAAUGAAUAUUUUGCCCCUCAACAACCUGAUGGCAAGUAAAAUCUGGACUCCGGACACCUUCUUCCACAAUGGGAAAAAGUCUGUGGCUCAUAACAUGACCAUGCCUAAUAAACUGUUGAGGAUCAAAGACGAUGGGACACUGCUGUACACCAUGAGGUUAACUGUGCAUGCAGAGUGCCCAAUGCAUCUGGAGGAUUUCCCCAUGGACUUUCAUUCCUGUCCACUAAAAUUUGGCAGCUAUGCCUACACAAUCUCAGAAGUGACUUAUGCUUGGACUCGAAAUGCCUCUGACUCUGUGGUGGUGGAAGGAGAAAGCUCCCGCCUGAACCAGUAUGACUUGCUUGGACAAACGGUCGGACAAGAAACUAUCAAGUCGAGUACAGGUGAAUACACAGUGAUGACGGCUCAUUUCCAUCUGAAGAGGAAGAUCGGCUACUUUGUCAUCCAGACAUACCUCCCGUGCAUCAUGACAGUCAUUCUUUCCCAAGUGUCUUUCUGGUUGAAUAGAGAAUCAGUGCCAGCUAGGACUGUGUUUGGUGUAACCACCGUUCUCACGAUGACAACACUGAGUAUAAGCGCCAGGAACUCCCUUCCCAAGGUUGCCUACGCCACUGCCAUGGACUGGUUCAUCGCUGUCUGCUACGCCUUCGUCUUCUCCGCUUUGAUUGAGUUUGCCACCGUCAAUUACUUCACAAAGCGCGGCUGGGCUUGGGAUGGCAAGAGUGUUGUGACUGACAAGAAAAAAGAGAGGGCAUCUGUCGUCAAGAAGAAUAAUGCCUACGCUGUAGCAGUGGCCAACUACGCGCCAAAUAUCACCAAGGACUCCAGCACACUUCCAACUAUUGCCAAAGGUGGAGCUUCGGAUCCCAACAAGGCCAAAGCAGACGGCAAAGCUCAAGAAAGCAAGAAGACGUUCAACAGCGUCAGCAAAAUUGACAGGAUGUCAAGGAUUUUGUUUCCGGUUCUCUUCGGCUCCUUCAACCUGGUCUACUGGGCCACCUACUUAAACAGAGAACCCGUUAUAAAGGAUAUGGUCCCCUCUAAUUAGAGGCCAGUUUUAGUGGGUUCUGGUCUGGGGACUAAGAGACGAACCAAAUACCUCCAGCAACUGUGUACACAUACCUUUGCAGAGUGAAGUCCUGGAUUGCAGUGUGAUCCUCUAUCUCCGCCUGUUUUCUACACUGUCUGCAGCACUUUUGAAAAGCCUGGCUUUUGUAAAUGUGUAUGUAUAUUUAUAUUCAUGGUUUCAUGGUGACAUAUUGUGUGAUUACUUCGAUUAGAGUGCAUUUUUCCUUGAAAGUAUGUUUCCGGUUACAGUAUGUGGUCACUGUAUAUACAAGUCAAAUGAAGAGUAGAGAUUAACACUUUAACACAUACGUUUUAUUUAAGAUUACUUCUGUGUUGAAUUUAGCUGGUAAUGCCCACUCUCUUGAUAUUAUAGUAUGUAUUUUUCUUUUGAGUGAAAGGGACUAAUUAUGUCAUAUUUGUUACUUUCUUUGCCAUCUACUGUAAGAGUGACCUAACUUUUUUCUUUGUCUAAGCCAAUGCAAAAACACACUUGUAUAAUAUUGUUAUUAACUGUAACUACAGGUAUGGGGCUGCAAACUGAUCUCCAGAAUUACUGAAACACUUCAA